CUAUAGGCUAGUGUUGAUUAGCACUUGGUCUGUUUUUGUUUCGCACGCCUGGCAACCCACCAGCUGAAGCUAAAAGCGAUGUUUUUAACCUUCGUGAAAGAAGCGCUGAUGUGGAAUAUUUCAGAGGUUUCAGACAUUAUAACCAGCUCGAGAGUUAAAUCCGAAUGUAAUGAAACGGAGUAACGUUAUGUGACCCGGUUUAUUAGUAAUUAUAGUGUAAUAGUAAUAUGUUUUUCACAUGCUCUUAGUAAGCGUGCACUUCUGUGUCAUCGCGAAGAUUUCAUUUAAAGGCUUAAUAUCUGGUGCCCAUCCCACAACAGUCCACAAGUGAAGGUUAGCAGUAUCCCCAUCAUCCGAUAAGAAGAGAAACUCUAGCUCUGUAACAUGUACCAUGGUAAAGACUGAGUUUAUUAAAGAGGAGAUUGAUGACAUGAGUGAUCCAGAAACAUCUAGAAUGAAUCAUGAAGAUACUGAGGAACACACAGAUCGGAUGGAGGUGAAAGAGCAAAGACAAGAACUAAAUGAAGAAAACGAGCGUCGUAACUUUAAAACUCAAAGAAGGAAAAAGCGGCACACCUGCUCACAGUGCGGGAAGAGUUUCAGACUUAAAUCAGGUCUCAGUAAUCAUCUCUGGCAACACUCUGGAGAAAAGCAAUUUAACUGUGAUCAGUGUGGGAAAAAAUACAGCUCGUUAGCAAAUCUAAAAGUUCACCAAAAAAUUCAUUCAGAUGAGAAGCCUUACGUGUGCUCGGUCUGUGGAAAGAGUUUCUCACGGCUGGACUGUUGUAAACAGCAUCAGAAAAUACACGAUGAAGUGAGAGAUCACGUGUGUUGUGAGUGUGGGAAGAGCUUUACUACAGUUGGACAGCUGAAACAGCAUCAGAGGAUUCACACUGGAGAAAGACCUUACAAGUGCUCUUACUGUGACAAGAGCUUCUCUCAGCCUGGAAACCUGAAAUCACACGAGCGAGUUCAUACUGGAGAGAAGCCGUACCGGUGUACUCAGUGUGGAAAGAGUUUCAAACAUUCAACUAUUCUCAAUUAUCACAUGCGUGUUCACUCUGGAGAAAAGCCAUUUAACUGUGAUCAGUGUGGUAAAGAGUUUAAUUCAUCCUCAAAUCUGAAAAAGCACCUGAGAAUCCAUACAAACGAAAGGCCUUAUGUGUGUUCUUAUUGUGGGAAGAGUUUUCCACUGUUGGUCAGUUGUAAUCGGCAUCAGAAAAUACACACCGGUGAGAAAGAUCACGUGUGUAGUGAGUGUGGAAAGAGCUUUACUACAUCUGGCCAACUGAAAUACCACCAAAGAAUUCACACUGGAGAAAAACCUUACAAGUGCUCUUACUGUGACAGGAGGUUCCCUCAGUUUUCACAACAGAAAUCACAUGAACGAAUUCAUACCGGAGAGAAGCCGUACAGCUGUACUCAGUGUGGAGAGAGAUUUAGACAUUCAAACUCUUUAGUCAAUCAUAUGAAAAAGCAUUUUGCAUCAAGUCCAUCUAUUCCUCCAGAUAGUUAGUUUUCAGGUGCUUUAAAGGCAUGACAAAUAUUCAUACAUUUAGAUCGGCAAAGCAAUUGCAGUAUUUCUGCAUAAGAUUAAAACUGAGAAUGGUGCAAAACAACAUACAGAAAAACAAACACUGUAAUUAACAAAGAAGUAGGUGGCACUGAAGAAUAAAAAUGUGUAAGUAAAAGUCAAUAAAAUUGCUUCGGCAACAUGCACUCUCAGAAAUAAAGGUACAAAAGCUGUCACUGGGGCGGUACCUUUUCGAAAGGUGCAUGUGGCAAGGGUCCAUUUUGGUACCUUAAAGGUACAUAUUAGUACUUAAAGUGUACAUAUUUGAACCUAAUAGGUACAAAAGUGUACCUUUUGAAAAGGUACCGCCACAGUGACAGCUUUUGUACCUUUAUUUCUGAGAGUGCAUGAGGCUUUUACAUAAGCAUUAUUCUGUGGCACUGUGAGCAAAUGUUUUCUUCAGAUCCUGCGUUUUAAUUAAACAAUGUGAGAUUUAGAUGAAGUAAAUGUGUUAGUUACAAUAAACUUGAGUUGUUUAAAAUCCGAACAGCUGAAACUGUAUUACGAGCACUUGCUGUGUUCCUGUGAAUCGCUUGUGUUCCUCAAUUUUAAGUCGCUUUGGAUAAAAGCAUCUGCUAAAUGAAUAAAUGUAAAUGUAAAAUACCACAAGAGUUGUGGAGGGUUUUUUUUUCUGUUAUGGGGGGACAGCAAAUGCUUUGAUUCACUUGAAUCUUGAUUCACUGAAUCUUUGAAUCUCUGAAUCUUUUGACUUUUGAGUUAUUCUUUGACUGAAAGCCCCCUCAUUAAGGCAUGGACAAGAAAAAACAACAACAACAACAAAAAACCCCACAAAUUAAAAGAAACUGGACACUAA